UGUUUUGUUUUGGUUCGAUCGCCAUGCAAUUGCCACUGCAAAUGCAGAGCAAGCACCGCAAACUGGUGCUGCGGUGCCUCCUGGUGCUGCCCCUCAUCCUGCUGGUGGACUACUGCGGCCUGCUGACCCACCUGCACGAGCUGGACUUUGAGCGGCACUUCCACUACCCGCUGGAAACGGAUUCUAGUGGCUCCUCCGGCUUGGAGAAGUUCUCCUACCUGCGGGUGCCCUCCUUUCAGGCGGAGGAGCAGCCUCCGCGGCUCACGCUGCUCAUCAAGAGCGCCGUGGGCAACGUGCAGCGGCGGGAGGCCAUCCGGCGGACGUGGGGCUACGAGGGGCGCUUCUCGGACGUCCAGCUGCGCCGCAUCUUCCUGCUGGGCCAGUCAGCCCUUGGAGGCGAGAAGGACGUGGCCUGGGAGUCCCGCGAGCACGGCGACAUCCUCCAGGCGGACUUCGCCGACUCCUACUUCAACAACACGCUGAAAACCAUGCUGGGAAUGCGCUGGGCCAGCCAGCAGUUCAACCGCAGCGACUUCUACCUCUUCGUGGACGACGACUACUAUGUGUCGGCCAAGAAUGUGCUAAGAUUCCUCGGCCGCGGACGCCGCAGCCACCAGCCGGAGCUGCUCUUCGCCGGCCAUGUCUUCCAGACGUCGCCGCUGCGCCACAAGUUCAGCAAGUGGUACGUUUCUCUCGAGGAAUACCCCUUCGAUCGCUGGCCGCCCUACGUCACCGCCGGCGCCUUUGUGCUCUCGCGGAAGGCGCUCCUCCUGCUCUACGCCACCAGUCUUCACCUGCCGCUCUUCCGCUUCGACGACAUCCACCUGGGCAUCGUGGCCCUCAAGGCGGGCAUUCCGCUGCAGCACUGCGAGGAUUUCCGCUUCCACAGGCCCAACUACCGGGGUCCCGACAGCUACGCCUCCGUGAUUGCCUCCCACGAGUUCGGCGAUCCGGCGGAGAUGAGCCGCGUGUGGAACGAGUGCCGGUCCGCCAACUACGCGUAGCAGGAGGUUAAGGAUUAGGAUUCCCAUCGAUAGAUUGUACAUACGGAUGAGUCACUAGAGCAACAGCCUUGUUAAAGUAAAGUUAUAGAUGAUAAACCGACUGUUUGUGGAGAUUUUAAACCCAUCAUAUUGUAGGAAUAGUGUUAAAAACCAGGGACCGUAAA